AUGCGGCUCUCCCCCAUCGCCAUCCUCGCCGCCCUUUCCCAACUCGUCCUCGCCGACGUCAAAGUCACAGUCCCAGCAGCCGGCGCCUCAGUACCAGCCGGCUCAAUAACAGUAACAUGGACCGACUCUGGCGUCGCACCCGCAUUGUCAGCCCUCACGAGUUACACGAUCCAACUAGUCAUAGGAGGCAAUGAUGACAGCACACAAACACCCUUGAUCACGCUAGCGAAUGCCGCCUCCUUCUCAGCCGGAAGUUCAGUCACAGGGACGGUACCUGCUGGUGUGGCUGGCAGUACGACGAAUGGGUACUUCUUGAAGUUUACAAGUGUGGCUAGCGAGGGAGGCACAGUGAUAAAUUACUCCUCGCGCUUCACCAUGACAGGCAUGACCGGCACCACGCCCGCUGCGGCACUCACGGCCGUCCAGGCUCUAGGAGGCAGCAAUGCGGGUCCCCCGACAGUGAACAGUGUCAACAACGGCAACGCAGCUGGUGGAGCGGGCGCAGCAGCAGGAGGAGCAGAUUUCACGGUCCCCUAUCAGCUACAGACGGGCCUGACGAAAUAUGCGCCUAUGCAGCCUGUCCCAGGCACGAAGAUCACGGCCAAUAACUUUACGCCGCUGCACCCUACCAGUGCGUAUACAAUUGCGACGACUUGGAUGCCGAAGCCGAGUAUUGCGACGACUUUGACGGCUAGUCAGACGUUUAGUGUGAGCAGCAUGGAGAAUACGGCUGCGGCUCAGUCGAAUCCCACGGGCGAUAUGGCCAAAUUCUUGAACAGGUGGAAGGACUGA